AGCAACGGGAACGCUGCGUUUGCUUCGGCGCACAUUUCUCUGUUUUCCUACCAGCAUUAUCGCCUCACAUUCCUGCCGCGGCUUUGUUUCCCGGUUAUCUAACACUUGGUUGUAUUGCUGGUUCUUUUCAUUGCGAAGUCCAUGGCAUCUGCUCUUUAUAUUCUGGACUCCAAAGGGAGUCCCCUCAUUUACCGCAGCUAUCGCGGCGAUGUCGCGCAGGACGUCCCCGCCGUCUUCCAGAAACGUGUCAUUGACGAGGAGGAAAGUCGCAUCACUCCUGUUUUUGAAGAGCUGGGGCACACCUACACCUUCGUGCGUGAAAACGACGUGUAUUUACUGAUGGUGAGCAACAUCAACACCUGUUCCCUUCAGCAGAUUGCCUUCCUGCACCGCUGCGUCUCCGUCUUCAACGCCUACUUCAAAACAGUCACCCAAGAAACGGUGCAGGACAACUUUGUCAUUAUCUACGAACUGCUAGAUGAGAUGUGCGACUUUGGCUUUCCGCAGUUUACGGAGGAGAAGGCGCUGCGCGAGUACAUCAUGCAGAGCACCUUCCUCACCAAGAUUAUGGGCACCAAGACGACCCUCGCCGCCAGUGCACUUCCCGCGGCGGUGACCGGUGCCGCCGGCUCCACCCCCUGGCGUCUUCCACGCAACUACAAGUACAACAACAAUCAAGUCUUCCUCGAUGUGAUUGAGCAGGUGGACCUGCUGGCGAACCAAGCCGGCGAGACGCUGUCAAGUGAGGUGUUGGGCACCAUCAAAAUGCAGAGCCGGCUGUCCGGUAUGCCCACCUGUACCGUGGGACUCAACGAUAAAAUCCUCUUCGACCGCACCGGCCGCACCGGCAGGACGGUGGAGAUGGAGGACAUCACCUUCCACCAGUGCGUGAAGCUGAACCAGUUUGAGAGCGAGCGGGUCAUCUCCUUCGUGCCGCCGGACGGGGAGUUCACGCUCUUGUCCUACCGCCUGAACGAGCGCAUCCAGCAGCCCGUGCAGGUCCGCUGCACCUUCACCCACCACGGCACCUCGCGGGUGCGGGUGCACUGCACCCUGCAGACGAAGUACCGCUCCUCCUUGACGGCGAAUGAGAUGGAGGUGUACAUCCCAAUCCCGUCCGACGCCGAUCGCCCGCAGUCGAACAGCCAAACGGGGCAUCUGCAGUACGCCCCGCAGGUGAACGCACUGGUGUGGAACUUGGGCAAGAUCGCGGGGGGCCGCCAAUGCUCCUGCAGUGCGGAGUUCCACCUGCCGAGCAUUCGCAGCAGCGACGUGCAUGACCUCUCACGGAUGCCGGUGAAGCUGCGCUUUGUGAUUCCGUACUUUGCCGUCUCGGGCUUCCAGGUGCGGUAUGUGAAGGUGUCGGAGCGGUCGAACUACGUGGCGACGCCGUGGGUGCGGUACGUGACGCAGAGCGGCGUAUACGAAAUCCGCACGGAUUAG